CCUGUCACAAGGAAGCGGAUGUUAGUUAAUUUUUCGUCUCAAAGCCGUUUUCAAGCUCUAAUGUGUGUUUUGUAACAUUUUUACAGAUCGAGUUUUACAUAUAAAGGAAAUCAUGAAUUUGGAGCGCAUUCCCAAUGAGGAAAAACUAAGUCUUUGCAGGAAAUAUUAUUUGGGUGGUUUUGCUUUCUUGCCUUUCCUGUGGCUGGUUAAUGUUGUGUGGUUUUUCAAAGAGGCUUUCGUAAAACCUGCAUACACAGAACAACCCCAGAUCAAAACCUAUGUGAAGAAGUCCGCUUUGGGGUUGAUGCUGUGGGUAGCCGUGCUUACAACCUGGAUCACCAUAUUUCAGCAUUGCAGAGCACAGUGGGGAGAUGUGGCUGACUACCUUUCUUUUACCAUUCCUCUCGGCACACCGUGAACAGAUUCUCUGUGACACUACCAACACAUUUCUUUUAUUUUACUUUAUUCCAUCUACUGACGACUUUAUACAGCUGGUACUGCGUAUUAGCUACAAAGACUAAAUUGUUAACAAAUUAGGUUGGCAUUAAACUAAAAUAAGGGGGAGCCAUUUUAUUGUAAGAAAAAUACAUUUAAAAAGUUUGCCCAAGACAGAUUGGGCAAUGUACACACUAAGGCUACAUUCACACUGCAGGUAAUGUGGACUUAUAUGCACAUUUAGUCCCAAAAGUGCUUCUUAUUAUUUUUCUUUACUUCCUAUUUGCCUUUUAUUAGGGAAUUUAGAUGCUAGCAUUUUACAAGUAAUAUGAAGGCUCACACAUGUCUGAACAGUAAAAUUGGCUUAACAGUACUACUAAGCUAGCAUCUGGCACAGGCUUGUUCUUUUGCUCAUACAGCUCAUUUGAGAAGCGUGAUCUAUAGGCUACAUUAAAACAACCUAAAACAUGGCAUUUGAAAGGAAAAUCAGUAUUUAACGGUUAGCAGUGUGAAUGUAGCCGAAGGUUCAGUAAUUUAAGUGUCUCUUAUUCUGUAUUAGAUAAUGUUUUAUAGUAUACUGUUUAUUUCAUGAAUUCAUAACCUUGCUUGAGGUAAAAAAAAUAAACUGAUCCAAUCAA